CAAGCAUCUACUCGUGUUCAGGUGUGUCAAGCAGCUACUCGUGUUCAGGUGUGUCAAGCAUCAACUCGUGUUCAGGUGUGUCAAGCAGCUACUCGUGUUCAGGUGUUGGUAACGUCAUCAAGGAGCCUUAGUCAUGCCUACCAGAGACGAGGAGGAGGAGGAGGAUGCCGAAGCUCACCAGAAACUUUUACCCGGGAUGGAAAAUAAUGGUGAUGUUGUGUUGACGAUGGAGGAAUUGGCACAGGUAGCUACAGGUGUUGACUACAAGGAAGGAGGUGGAGGAGACGGCAGGGGCGGCCAACAGCUUAAGAAGGUGAAGAAGAUCAGAGAUAAGACUGAGACUCACCGAGCAGCAGAGGUUGGUGACACAGUCCGUUUACAACAGAUGGUGAAAAGGCAACCCCAAGAUGUAUUUCAGCAGGACGAAGAUGGCAACACACCACUCCAUCUGGCUGCUAAAGGCAUUUACCUUGAUUGUUGCAAAGUUCUCCUUGGUGCCGACAAUAAGGCGGUCAACCUGAAGAACAAGAAUGGUAAUUCUCCUCUCCUAUUGUCUAUAGCUACAGGGAAGAAUUCCACUGAGAUUACUGAACUGCUCAUCAAUAAUGGCUCAAAGACUGACGCCACAAAUAAAGGUAAAUCGACGGCUCUACACAUAGCAUCUGAGAAGGGUAAUAUUGAGACAGUGAAGUUGCUCCUCAAAUUUGACGCAAGCAUCGUUCGAGCCAAGGAUGCAGAGCUACAAGUGCCUCUCCACUUGGCUGCCAGAUAUGGCCACUGUAUGGUGUGUGAAGAACUUGUGAAAGGAGGCACUGACCUGAAUGCUAGAGAUGAACGUGGCUACACACCACUUCACUGGGCUGCCAAGAUGGGUUUCUCUAAGUGCUGUAGCCAGCUGCUGGAGCUAGAGGCUCAAGUGAAUAGUGUGGACAAGAAGAGAAACACUCCUCUACAUCUACUAUGUGCAUCUGGAAAGGAAAAACCAGACUGUGCCAAAGUAUUAUUUAAACAUGGAGCAAACGCUAAUGCCCAAAAUGAAAAAGGGGAGACACCAUUUCAUCUCUCCCAUCAUGCAUCUACAGAAGUGUCAAGGACGUUCCUGGGUCAAGAAGUAGAUUUACUGGUUGUGGACAAUGCCGGCAGAACUGCUUUACAUUAUGCUGCGGAAAGAAAGAAAAGUAACCACCUUGAAUUUGUACUGUCAAUGAAAGGCAUUUCAAAAGAAUUAAUAAACAAACCAAAUAAACAAGGAAAAAUAGCCCUGCAUAUAGCCAUAGAAAACAAGGUAAUAGACAGUUGUAGGUUGUUAAUCAAGGCUGGUGCCGAUGGUAACAUUUCUUGUGGCUCGCAGGGCACAGCACUCCACAUGGCAGCAGACAAAGGCCUUGACGAAAUUUGUGAUUUCCUAAUCACUAGGGGUGUCAAGGUUGACGUAAAGAACAGUAAAGCACUAACACCACUGCACAUGGCAGCGAGAGCAGGCCAUCAUAAGUGCUGCCUGGCACUGUGUAAAAAAAAUGCUUCUGCAUCAAUCACUGAUGCGGACGGAAUGUUAGCCCUCCAUCAUGCUGCCAAGGGAAAACACAGUUUUUGCUGUCAUGUCCUCUUGGAGAAAUAUCCAUCCUUAAUUAAUAAGGCUGAUAAAUGCGGGAAAACCCCACUCCACACAGCAGUGGAGGCCAAGUCAAUAGAAUGUUGCAAGGUCUUAACAACACAAAAGACAGAUCUUUGGGCCAGGUCAAACCAUGGAAGCUCAAUCAAGCUGGCCUAUGAUCAAAAGUGUCACGACAUUUUCAAAUUCCUCCUUCAUUUUGAAGGUGUUAACAACAAAAAUAAGAGUGAAAGAGACAUUGAUUUUCGGGAUCUUCUUGAAAACACAUUGGAAAGUCAAGAUAGGAUUUUGGUUGAGAGCAUCAUAGACAGCUGCUUCUGGGAAGAAGCACUGAAGCCUUACAAUACUUCAGCAGAUAAAACUUGUGUGGAGAAGCAGAAAAAUGGAAACUUGAGGCUGCUGGUGAAGAACUACCCUGACCUGGCUGAGAAAGUCCUGGACAAGUGUACACCCAGCAAACCUGAUGAGACUGAAGACGGGCCAGCAGAGAGGCACUACUUGGUGCACUUCUUGGAUGAGGUGUACCCAACACCAGAGCAAGAAGACUCAAAUUCUGGAGAAGUUUUUGACAACGAAACUGGGAGGUUGGUGAAGGGUAUGAAGGUGGCCGCGGUCAACCAGGCAUGGCGUCACGACCACCUACUACAGUGGGUCAUCCGUCACAACCGCCUGUCCCUCCUGCAUCACCCCCUCAUCUCACACUGGCUCAGAUACAAGUGGCACCACUACAUCAAGUACCAACACUACGCUCGUCUAACUUUGGCUUGUGUCAUGGCAGUCCUGCUGACAACAUUCACAGCAAUAUCCUGGGACUGGCAGUACAUGGGUCUCAGAUACAACAUAACACAAAGGAUGGUGUGCUAUCACGGGGCUCAAGACCUUGUAGGGCCUGAGGUAAAUCAACUUUUGGAAGAUGAAGGCGAGAUUCCCAAUUCCCUUGGCAUUUCCAUCUUGGUCAUUGCUGGACUGUGGAUGCUUCAUAUUGUUUAUGAAAUAGUGAUGCUGAGAGAACGAUAUUUCAAGAUUGAAAAUUUCCUCAUCCUUUUGUGUCUGGUGGCCAGCAUCCUGUUUGUGGGUAACUUCACAACUUGCUCACGGAACACCUAUGUGCGAGAGGAUUGGCAGUGGCUGGCGAGUGUAGCGUCUGUUUUCACAGCGUGGCUCUGUGUCUUCCUGCUUAUGAGUAAUGAACGCUGGUGCAGCCCCAUCAUCUUCCACAUCAAUCGGCUUGUUCGUACCCUCUUCAAGAUUCUCACGCCUCUCUUUGCCAUUGCAGCAGUAAUAUUGGCUGCAUAUAAAAUAGCCGCCAAAGGUAAAACUACCUAUAAUCAAUUCUGGAAUAAUGUUGUGCAGAUAUUUUCUUAUCACUGGAUAAGUACAUCAUUCUAUGUUGCUCUCAUCAUUGUUAUUUGUUCAGUUAUGUUUGACAAGUCUAUAUACACCCAUAGUAAAAAGUACAUGAACCUCCAUAUUGUUGCCACCGUUAAGAUGACACUAGACUUUGACCUUUUGUAUCCAUUCUUAAGAAAGAAGUACUAUGUAGCCUGGUUGCCAUCACAUACUGGAAAACGCUCUCAAUGCCGCUCUGGCUUUUUAUGUGGAUGGUUAUCAAGAUUAAGGAAAAAGGACACUGAAGAUACACUGGGUGAGAUUGAAGACCAGUGGGAUGCCGAGGAUCCAUUUCAUAUUGUAAGGCAGAAAAUUGACAAACUUCAACAAGAUGUAACUGAAGUACAUGAACUUUUGAAAGACCUAAAAGGAUCCAUAGGGGCACUCGGGAAAAAUUGAACGCUUUCAAACUUCUUUUACUCGACUUUUUUUUUAAAUCCUGUUGUCUUGACAAACCUAUCUUACUUUCAUUACCACUAAUACAUCAUUUCUACGCUUCCAUUAUUAACCCAUAAACUGCAGCCAACGUCAAUAGGCACAGCUAUUUUCAGAGACAUUUAAAUACGUGUCCCCACACUUUGUUUUAGGCCUAAGAGUGGACUUAUGAGCAGCAUCCUCCUUAAUAGGAUUUUAUCAGGCAUAAGAGGGGGGACCUCUAUGUCCCAAGGUUCAGGGGGUAAUAAGAGGGAGGGAAGUGGUUCCUUGACUUAUUGCAUGUUAGUAUAAUGGAAUUGCUCAUGGAGAAUAACAUCCACCUGAAGAGUUGUAGGUAAAUAAAGAAUUUUUUUCCACAAUGUUAUUCUCAAUACUUGUGUAUAAUUUCAUAAGAAAAUGCAAUAUUUUUAGGAAUUGAAAAAAAAAAAUUUGCACAUACGUGGUACACACAUCACCCAAUUUUUUUUCCUACAGAAUUUGUGGCAUUCUUUAUUUGUUUCUUUUUUGGGUAUCCCUCGAGUCUCUUGCCCUUUGAUUCCCACUCCAACUCUUGUCAAGGUUUAUAGUCUAAAUUUCAUUUAUUUUCUUCAUGAGCUCAAACCAUCUGAGUUGAGAUUUUUCAAUUCAGAACCAACUCAAUGCCUAAUUCCUCUCCAAUACAUAUAGUAUCAUAACUAAGUGUAACAGGGAGAUCCACACCACAAAGUUCAGAACCUAUAAUUAUCCAGAAAAUUUACUCAAGAUUCUUGCUACGUCAGACAUACAGAAAAUCUUCAGAAAUUCAGGAGGCGAAGUGUUUGAGGGAAGAGCACUGUAGUGGCUCAGAGUUCCCAUGGUGUUUGUCCUUUAAUGGCUUAUGAACAAAUAUCUUCUGUUGGUAAGGCUGCUGAAAGGUACACCACAACUGAUUUUGCUCAGUUAGUAAAGGAUGAUGCACUUUACCUCAAACAAAUUUAUAUUGUAUGUAGACAAGACUGAUGAUUUUUGGAGAGGUUUGUCUGGUAACAGUUACUGACACUGACUUGGACAGAUACAAAACAGGUACUGGAAGAUGGGGUGUGGUCAUUGAUGACAUCUCUGCAAGUGAUGGAGUGAUCUAAAACUUUGACAGAGUGAAUAAUAGAUGGAAAAUGAGGUUAUUAGUUGUCGAGAGGAAGAGUCUGACAAUGAAUUGAUAAAUUAUUUAAAUUAGAAAAAUUAUUAUGGAGGUGGUUAAGGAUUUCAUGUAUUUGAGGAGGGUGAAUAGAGACCUGGCAAGUAUCAUCGAGGAAAGAGUAUUAACAAGUUAAGGUUCUUCAUCAUGGCCACUCCCUCAGAAGCAACAUAGAUUAUUACAUAAAUUAUUCUAUUUUGCAGGAAUACUAGUUUUUGUCAUCAUAUUCCAAAUCCUGUUUAACUUAAAUAAAACUGUUUCCCAUUUCCAAACUCUCAUGGUCACACUGCCACACUAAAUAUGUGUUGUCCUUUCAAAUUCUGUGUUAAUUCCCCUUUUCUAUCUGGGUGGUUGAUUAUUGUUGCUCUUCCACUGUUAAGUGCUAGACAAGAGAUUUUAUACUAUUAAUUUUAUGUAUAUUUAUACAAGCUGGCUGAUGAUGGUAAAUUUGAAAUAAAUAAAUCUAACUCACAUUUCAAGAUGAGAUAUAGUACAUGUACAAUGUACUGUAUACAGUAUGUGAAUUUUCUAAAAUCACAAUUGAUGCUGAAUAUUGACCAGAUGAUUUGAAAUAAAAUACCUUAAUCACCAUUU